GCGGCGCCCGCGGGCGGCCGGCCCCGGCAUGGAGAAGCGGGCCUCUACGGGGCCGGAGGGGGCCCCGGGCGCCCGGGCGCAGCUGGCCGUCGUCUGUCUGGUGAACUUCUUUCUCACUGGAAGGCUCAGUAGUGCAGUUCCCGCCAUAGCUGCCUGCAGUGGGAAGCUGGAGCAGCACACAGAGCGACGUGGUGUCAUCUACAGCCCCGCCUGGCCCCUCAACUACCCACCGGGCACCAACUGCAGCUGGUAUAUCCAGGGUGACCGCGGAGACAUGAUCACCAUCAGCUUCCGCAACUUCGACGUGGAGGAGUCCCACCAGUGCUCCCUGGACUGGCUCAUGCUGGGCCCAGCGGCCCCUCCACACCAGGAGGCCUUCCGGCUCUGCGGCUCUGCCAUCCCGCCGGCCUUCAUCUCUGCGCGGGACCACGUCUGGAUUUUCUUCCAUUCGGAUGCUUCCAGCUCUGGCCAGUCCCAAGGCUUCCGUCUCUCUUACAUCCGAGGGAAGCUGGGCCAGGCCUCCUGCCAGACCGACGAAUUUCGCUGUGACAACGGCAAGUGCCUGCCGGGCCCGUGGCAGUGUAACACGGUGGACGAGUGUGGGGACGGCUCGGACGAGGGUAACUGCUCGGCGCCGGCCUCUGAGCCCCCAGGCAGCCUGUGCCCGGGCGGCACGUUCCCCUGCAGUAGGGCGCGCUCCACGCGCUGCCUCCCGGCGGAGCGGCGUUGCGACGGCACGCAGGACUGCGGGGACGGCUCGGACGAGGCUGGCUGCCCUGACCUGGCGUGUGGCCGGCGCCUGGGCAGCUUCUACGGCUCCUUCGCCUCCCCAGACCUGUUCGGGGCAGCCCGGGGGCCCUCAGACCUUCACUGCACGUGGCUGGUAGACACGCAGGACCCGCGGCGCGUGCUGCUGCAGCUGGAGCUGAGGCUGGGAUACGACGACUACGUGCAGGUGUACGAAGGCCUAGGCGAGCGCGGGGACCGCCUGCUGCAGACGCUGUCCUACCGCAGCAACCACCGGCCCGUGAGCCUGGAGGCCGCGCAGGGCCGCCUGACCGUGGCCUACCACGCGCGGGCCCGCAGCGCCGGCCACGGCUUCAACGCCACCUACCAGGUGAAGGGCUACUGCCUGCCCUGGGAGCAGCCGUGCGGCGGCGGCAGCAGCAGCGAGGGGGACCCGGGAGACGCCGGGGACCAGGGCUGCUUCUCGGAGCCGCAGCGCUGUGAUGGCUGGUGGCAUUGCGCCAGCGGCCGAGACGAGCAGGGCUGCCCCGCCUGCCCCCCGGACCAGUACCCGUGCGAGGGUGGCAGCGGCCUGUGCUACACGCCCGCCGACCGCUGCAACAACCAGAAGAGCUGCCCGGACGGCGCCGACGAGAAGAACUGCUUCUCCUGCCAGCCGGGCACCUUCCACUGCGGCACCAACCUGUGCAUCUUUGAGACAUGGCGCUGCGACGGCCAGGAGGACUGUCAGGACGGGAGCGACGAGCACGGCUGCCUGGCGGCGGUGCCCCGCAAGGUCAUCACGGCCGCGCUCAUCGGCAGCCUGGUCUGCGGGCUGCUGCUGGUCAUCGCGCUGGGCUGCGCCUUCAAGCUCUACUCGCUGCGCACGCAGGAGUACAGGGCCUUUGAGACCCAGAUGACGCGCCUGGAGGCCGAGUUUGUGCGUCGAGAGGCACCCCCGUCCUACGGUCAGCUCAUCGCCCAGGGCCUCAUCCCCCCGGUGGAGGACUUUCCAGUCUACAGCGCGUCCCAGGCCUCGGUGCUACAGAACCUUCGCUCGGCCAUGCGGAGACAGAUGCGCCGGCACGCGUCCCGCCGCGGGCCCUCCCGCCGCCGCCUGGGCCGCCUCUGGAACAGGUUCUUCCACCGGCCCCGGGGGCCCAGGGGCCAGAUCCCGCUGCUGACCUCAGCGCGCACCUCACAGACUGUACUGGGUGACGGACUCCUCCACCCGGCACCAGGGGCCGCGCUUGAGCCUCCAGCAUCGCGAGUGGACACAAGCAGCCAGGGAACCGCUGGGGACGGGCUCCCUAGUGCCCCUGGACAUGCAUCUGAGAUGGGGCAGUCGGGGCCACAAUCCUCUUUGGGUCAGCCGGACCCAGAGUGCAGGCCCAUGGACAAGGACCGAAAGGCCUGCCGGGAUCCUCAGGUGGACAGCCAGGCCUCUGUGGAUGUACCUCGAGAACCCUGCUCCGCCCAGGACCCUCAGCCCCUGGCCCCCACUGCCAGCAGCACUCAUGGCCCCCACCCACCAGAGCCACUGGGUGUCUGCAGGAGCCCCACGCCACCCUGCUCCCCCAUAUUGGAGGCCAGUGACGAUGAGGCCCUGCUGGUCUGUUGACCCACCGAACAUGUUGGUGACCGCCACAGCCCCGCUUUGUAACCAGGGAAUACACAAUCGUUUCUA